UUAAAGUGUUGUCUCGCGAAUAUUCAAAAGGUUCGACCGAGAUUUUUUAAGGUAGAGACUUGGUAGUACGUCUUUUGUGCAGCUUGGUUUUGAAAUUGGAUAUUGAACAACUGUGAAAAUUAUGUUACAGUUACUGGUACUGGCUUGCACCAUAACGUACGUCACGGCGGCAUGUAGAAGAUGCUUACCGAUGAAUGAAAAUCAAAAGUUCUGCCAAGCUGAUUUUGCCGGGGUGUUUAAAAUAAUGGACAAUGGAACGGUUAUAGGGGUUGACAGAGUGUAUGAAGUGAAGUUGCGUACCCUAUACAGAAAAACUACUAUUACAAAAAAUAACCCUGGUCCAUGGAAGUUAUUUACCCCAGCAGAUAGCCGAGCAUGUGGAACUACUUUUGUCUCAAAUGCCUACUAUGUUGUCUCAGGAUAUUAUAAAGAAAUACCUGGCCAGCUUGCUCAAAUGACAACCACCAAGUGUUCGUUUAAGCAGUAUUUUGAUAUUGAUCCGGUGCCUUCAUAUCUCCCUCCUACGUGUGUUACAACAGAAUCAGAGGGAAGGGGACUUUGA